CCGAGUAAAAUAAACAAGAAUCCGUUUCAUUAUUGACUAUCUAUGAUUAAUCAUGAUUACUAGAUACAAAAUUUUCAAUGUCUCAGUAGUCAGUACUUAGUAGAAGAACUUUAAAAACAGAGCAUCUUUACUAAUAGCAUCAAUCAAACCAAUCCAGCUUAGACUAAAUUAUUAAACAAAGCCAACAACUCCUCGAUGUUCUCAUGGUAGUUAAACCUUCUUUUUUUUUUCAAUCAAUUCGUUAAAGUAAACAAGUGUUUUGGAGCUGGAAAAAACACUUUCUGCUGAAACAAAAUUAGGAUUCUUUAUUAAAAGAUAAGACUUUGAAAAGAAGGUUAGCUAUAACUUCAUUUUCUUUUGAGUAUUAGGGAGGUAAACGGUGGGCAGAGUUCAACGACAACCCAUGUCUUAAGAUUGUGGUUUACUAAAGAUCUGAUCUUGUUUUUAGCAGCUUUAUCUGGAGGUAUAGAAGGUGGAGCACAUAAAUGGGAAACAAAUAUAGGAAACUGGCCUCUCUCCAUGGUGAUGCAGUAAGCAAAUGUACAUUACCUAUUGUGGUUUGGUGCCUGGUGGGAUGUGUUCUUAUUAUCCAUUUUUAUACUAGUAUCUUUUAUGGAGAUGGGGAAGAAGGGGACAUUCCGGUGCGGCUGAAUAGCCAUUUACUGACUCGUGACCUUGAAAAGAUCGAGGAGGAGAGUUUUUUUAUCCAACCCCCAAGGGUAAAAAGAUCACCACGUGCAAUUAAACGAAAGCCAAAGCCUAAGCGGCACCUGUCGAUAAUUGAAGAAUUCCUUGAUGAGAAUUCUCAGUUUAGACAUUUGUUCUUUCCUGAUAGAAGGAUGGCUGUUGGACCAAUGAACAACACCGAUAAUGAUGAGUUAAACUUUUAUCCAGGGAGGAUCUGGUUAGACACAAAUGGAGAACCCAUUCAAGCUCAUGGAGGUGGGAUUUUAUAUGUUGACAGAUUCAAGACUUAUUAUUGGUACGGAGAGAACAAAGAUGGUCCUACUUACCAUGCUCAUCAAAGAGCUUCUGCACGGGUCGACGUAAUUGGGAUCAGUUGCUACUCUUCCAAGGACUUGUGGACAUGGAAGAAUGAGGGCAUUGUACUUGCAGUAGAGCAGACAAAUAUGACCCACGACCUUUACAAACUCAACGUGCUUGAGAGGCCCAAGGUGAUUUACAAUGACAAGACAGAGAAGUACAUAAUGUGGAUGCACAUUGAUGAUGCUAAUUACACCAAAGCCUCCGUCGGUAUUGCAAUAAGUGAAACUCCAGUAGGACCCUUUGAGUACCUUUACAGCAAACAACCUCAUGGUUUUGACAGCAGAGACAUGACUAUUUUCAAAGACGAUAGUGGCAUUGCAUAUGUAAUCUACUCUUCAGAAGGCAACAGUGAACUUCACGUCGGACCAUUAACUGAUGAUUAUCUCGAUGUUACGCACGAAAUGAGAAGAAUUCUGGUAGGGCACCGUAGAGAAGCUCCUGCACUGUUCAAGUAUCAAGGAACAUAUUAUAUGAUAACCUCUGGCUGUUCAGGUUGGGCACCAAAUGAGGCCCUUGCCCAUGCAGCAGAAUCGAUCAUGGGUCCAUGGGAAACAAUUGGCAAUCCUUGUACAGGAGGGAAUAGGAUAUUCAGACACACAACAUUCUUUGCACAGAGUACCUAUGUGCUCCCUCUGCCAGGAAUUCCUGGCUCAUUUAUUUUCAUGGCAGAUAGAUGGAACCCAGCUGAUUUAAGGGACUCGAGAUAUGUUUGGCUACCUCUGACAGUUGGAGGUGCAGCAGACGAGCCUCUGGAAUACAGUUUUAGGUUCCCAUUAUGGUCUAGAGUGUCUAUUUACUGGCACAGAAAAUGGAAACUCCCCAAUGCUGUAUCGUUUAACCGUUGACCGAAUGUGGUUUCUUUUUUGUAACCUUUUCGUCCUUCUUUGUAUCAUAAUAUGUGAGUUCUGAUCAUUCUUUCUCAUUUUCCUGCUGCCAUGGAUCAUGGUGGUUGCCUUUGUAAUAUACCUAUCCUCAUACAUCUUACACACAAAAUAUUUGAAUUUCCUCCACCUGUAAUGACACGAUCUAUAGAAUGUGCAUUUGUUAAUUCAAUAUACAGUUCAAAA